GCGCUAUUUUAAAGUCUGCGCCGGUGUCCUUAGGCUACUUCCGGCGUGGCCAUGGCGGCUAACGCGACCACGAACCCGUCCCAACUCCUGCCGCUAGAGCUUGUAGACAAGUGUAUAGGAUCAAGAAUUCACAUCGUGAUGAAGAGUGACAAAGAGAUUGUUGGUACACUUCUAGGAUUUGAUGACUUUGUCAAUAUGGUGUUGGAAGAUGUCACAGAAUUUGAAAUUACACCAGAAGGAAGAAGAAUUACAAAAUUAGAUCAAAUUCUACUAAAUGGAAAUAAUAUAACAAUGCUGGUUCCUGGAGGAGAAGGGCCUGAAGUAUGAAUGGAUUCCCUUGAUUUAUGCUAGAUUCUGGCUUUUUUUUUUUUUCCAAACCUUUAACGUUUAGAUUCUAUAAAAUGAAGUUUCCGUUAAAGGGAAACUCUUUGAAGAUAUGCAUCCAUUUUUCUAAGCUAAUCAUGGUUAUUUUGGGGGAAAAGAAGAGUUUUGUUUUGUCUUGUUUUUUUAAAGACUAAAAAAAUAAAGAUGUUUUUUGGUUAACUGUGACUUGAUUUAUUAUGUUGAAAUAGCUAGUGGAAUAAAUAUAGUUCUUUUGAUA